GCUCCGGCGGCGCGGAUGGCGGAGGGCGGCCAGCCCCCGCAGCAGCAGCAGCAGCCACAGCCGCAGCUCCUGACCGGCGGCGGCGGCGGGGCCGCCCGCGGCGUGAAGCGGGAGCCGGAGCUGGAGCAACCCAUGCCCGGCGGGGACGGCGCCGAGGGCGGCCACAGCAAGCGGCUGCGGACGGAGGCGGAGGCGGAGGGCGGCGGCAUGCAGAACGAGCCUCUGACUUCAGGUUAUCAUGGAUACCCAGCAAGAGACAAUCAAGGUAACCAGGAGCCAGCAGCAACUCCUGAUGCAAUGGUGCAGCCAUUCACCACAAUCCCAUUUCCGCCACCCCCACAGAACGGGAUUCCCACAGAGUAUGGGGUGCCACACACUCAGGACUAUGCAGGCCAGACCAGCGAGCACAAUCUGACGCUCUAUGGGAGCACACAGCCACAUGGCGAGCAGAGCACGACCACAGCCAGCACGCAGAACGGAUCUCUCGCACAGACAGAAGGAGGGGCGCAGACAGAUGGACAGCAAUCACAGACACAGAGCAGUGAGAGCACCGAGAGCAAAUCCACUCCAAAACGACUUCAUGUGUCUAACAUUCCCUUCCGCUUUCGAGAUCCUGACCUUCGACAGAUGUUUGGGCAAUUUGGCAAAAUCCUUGACGUAGAGAUAAUCUUUAAUGAGCGCGGCUCCAAGGGAUUCGGGUUCGUAACUUUCGAGAAUAGUGCUGAUGCAGACAGGGCCAGGGAGAAAUUACACGGCACCGUGGUAGAGGGCCGUAAAAUCGAGGUUAACAACGCCACAGCACGAGUGAUGACCAAUAAGAAGAUGGUCACGCCAUAUGCAAAUGGUUGGAAGUUGAGUCCUGUGGUUGGAGCGGUGUACGGCCCUGAGUUAUAUGCAGCGUCCAGCUUUCAAGCAGAUGUCUCGCUGGGCAAUGACGCCGCAGUGCCCCUGUCAGGAAGGGGGGGUAUUAACACUUACAUUCCUUUAAUCAUUCCAGGCUUCCCCUAUCCAACUGCAGCCACUACAGCAGCCGCAUUUCGGGGAGCCCACCUGAGGGGCCGAGGAAGGACGGUUUAUGGGGCAGUCCGGGCAGUACCUCCUACAGCCAUCCCUGCCUACCCAGGGAGCAGGUGGAGUAUCACUGCUAAAACACUCCUGAUCCUAGAUAGAGAACACAGCAAUGUAAGUCACUGCCCCAGGAGCCCACUUCUUUGUUAUGUGAUUGUAAAAAAGAAAUUAGCUUCAACAAACGUGAUCUUAUGGCCUGCUUCUCUCUGCUGAAGUGGCUCCCCUCUUCCUCUAACAAGGGUCUCUAUCUUUGUAUCUGCUCCCAGCCCUCUUGGAGACCAUAGUAGCUUUGUCCAGUGGGAUUGCAGUGUACUUUUCCUGGGGAAGUCAGCAAGACUAAAUUAUUCAAGCAGUAGCUAACACUGCAACAGAUUUUAUUUUAUUUUAUUUUUAUUUUUAGUAAUAGCAUGCAGAAUUUUGGCAAGAUAUGCUGGGCUUUCUUGUGUGUGCGUGCCUUACAGUAGGUGGGUUUCUGAGGGUGGCAGGCUCUUUGUAGCAUUUCACAUUCCAUCCGAUGAGUUAAAAAAUAGUAGUAAUUAAUAGAAAAGCUGGCGUUCCAUGCCUCCUUUUUCCUUAAUGCUACUGGUAAGUCAUGCGCAUUAGGUCUGUGAAUAUCAUCAACGUGAUGGGGCUCUAAUGCUUCUUUAAAGCCUUGAGUGAGGUUGUGCAGAGCUGUCCAGAGGACAAAGCAGGAGGAGAUUCCUCAGUACAAAGGACAGGCUGAAGGCACACGGGUGGGGGGCAUACCCUCUCUUCCUUCCUCAUCCUUCCCCAACCCCUGUCCCCAAAGCAAGCUGCGUAGUCCUACGCUAGCGAAUGCUCUGGCAAGACUGGCUCUUUGGGAACCCCAGGCUCCAGUUUAACUAUUUUUCCUGCUUGAAGUUCUGAGAGAAAGAAACCGAUGGCUUAAAACAGAAAAAGUAUCAUCCCAUGGAAACACUUCCAGUUGCUCCUCUCUGCUAUGGAACAUGUCAUUACUACCAGGGACUCCCACUGCACCUUUCAAUUCUCGGACCUUGGACCAGUCACCUAACCUUUUUAGCUCAUUAUCUCUGCUUGUGAAAGCAAUGCAUUGUGGGUAUUUUUGGUUUUUUCUUUUUAAUUACAUUUCUCUGUGUUUACUUUGAUCAGAAUUGAUUGACUUGUUUUCCCGAGGUGUUGCAUUGGUUCUUUAAGAUGCUGAAUAAUAAUACUUUGCAUGCUUGUGUGAUCAGCCAAAUCUUAUCGCAUGUCUAAUGUGCAGGGUAAAAGCAGGUGAUGUAUGGAUGUCAGAAACAAAGCCAAGCAGCCCUGUGAAGCUCGAAAUACGUAAUCGUACACAACUCUCUGAAACGUGCUUCUGACAUAGGUGAUUCCAGCCCCUGUGGGAUGCCUUCUGAGGGGCCUCUCGAUUUCCAAGCCCAUUUCACGAAGCCAAUGUUUCCAUGUGUGUAGGGGGGAACUUAAACAACUCCAGGAGAAUAACCAGAGCGGAGGUUUCUAAACCCUUGUUUCUCUUCUUCAGGACAUCAGAUCUUUUUGAGUCUAUUUUUAUUGUACAAGAUGGUUGUUCCCCUCCCUCUCUCCUUUACAUACUGUCUCCCCCUCUGCCCGCCCCUUUCCCCUUUGCAUGCCAUGGAAGAUGACUUGGAGCCGUCUAGCGUGCGUGCGCACACAUCCUCUCGCUGAUUUGCUCCUGCCAAAAGCCCAGGUUAUGGAUUCAUACAUCACCUGCCUGUGUAAAAUGCAUGUGCAUGCUGCCGUCCUCAAUAACCGGAAUGUGUUUUCUGUUCUUUUGUUUUUUGUUUUUUUGUUUUGUUUUUUGUUUUUGUGUGG